UUUAGUUAGCUCGUGUCCAUCAGGCAAGUAGGUAGGCAACAACGACACCAACCAAGCCUCUAUUUUGUUAUACUCCAUCGGCGGAUCGGUCCAUUGCGAGCAGAUGAAAAUGGCAGCGGCGACUGCCGGCGCCGGUGCGGGCGGGCUGGAGGUGGUGCUCUUCCCGUGGCUGGCGUUCGGCCACAUGAUCCCUUUUCUGGAGCUCUCCAAGCGCCUCGCCGCAAGGGGCCACGCUGUCGCCUUCGUGUCAACGCCGCGGAACCUCGCCAGGCUGCCGCCCGUGCCGGCGCACCUGUCUGCCCGCAUCCGCUUCGUGGCGCUGCCGCUGCCGGCAGUGGAGGGCUUGCCGGAGGGCGCCGAGGCCACGUCUGACCUGCCACCCAACAAGGUCGAGCUGCUCAAGAAGGCCAUGGACGGCCUCGCCGGCCCGCUCGUGUCGUUCCUCGCGGCCGCCGUCGCCGCCGGCAGGAGGCCAGACUGGAUCAUCCUCGACUUCUGCCAUCACUGGGUCCCGCCCAUCGCCGACCAGCACAAGGUGCCAUGCGCCGCGUUCCUGAUCUUCCAUGCCGCCUGUAUUGCCUUUCUUGGGCCGCGGUGGGCGAACGAUGCGUACCCGCGCACGAAGCCAGAGGACUUCACCGUGCCAUCCAAGUGGAUCCCCUUCCCGUCCACCACCGCCUUCCUCCACCACGAGGCCCGGCGGAUGCUCUCGGACAACUUUGGUGAGAACGCGUCAGGCAGGUCGGACACUGACCGUUUGUGGGAUGUAUUCGAGCGUUGCCGCCUCACCAUCCACCGGAGCUGCCGCGAGCUGGAGCCUCGCAUGUUCACCCUCCUCUCAGAUCUCUUGCGGAAGCCCGCCAUCCCCGCCGGGAUCCUGCUACCGGAGGCGGCUGACGACCGUGAUCAAGACCACGGGCAGAGCAGCUCUGGUGGCGCUGGCGCCGACAGUCACCAGGUCCUGAGUUGGCUCAACGACCAACCACCCAAGUCUGUCCUCUACGUCGCGCUGGGAAGCGAGGCGCCACUGACUCUAGAGAACAUCCAUGAACUCGCCCUCGGGCUGGAGCUCGCCGGGGUGCGCUUCCUUUGGGCGCUACGCAAGCCGACCGGCACCAACAACGAGCACGAGCUGUUGCCGGCCGGCUUCGAGGAGCGGACGCGGGCGCGCGGUGUGGUCUGCACAGGGUGGGUGCCGCAGGUGAAGGUGCUCGCUCACGGCGCCACGGCGGCGUUCCUGACGCACUGCGGCUGGGGCUCCACCAUCGAGAGCUUCGCAUUGGGGCUUCCGCUGGUCAUGCUCCCUUUCCUCACCGACACGCCUAUGAUUGCACGGGCGAUGGCGAAAAGAGGGAUCGGUGUGGAGGUGGCGAGGGACGAUAGCGAUGGCUCGUUCGACAGGGACGGUGUCGCAGUGAACGUGCGGCAUGUCAUGGUGGAGGAUGAAGGAAACGUGUUCGCGACCAACGCCAAGAAGCUGAAGGAGCUUGUCGUGGACGAAGCGCGCCAGGAGCAGUACAUCCACGAGCUAGAGGAGCACCUGAGACGCUACAAAUAUGACAGGGGCAGUACAUCGACGAGUUGAUUUGAUCUCUUAUCUUAUAAAUUACAUCGAUGCUUUUUUCUUUUCUUAUAAAGGGCGAUCGAUUAAGUUGAUACUUGGUAGCACAACUGAACACUCGAACAACAAGCUGUGAAGAGCUAGCUGCAGACGUCAUGAUUGCACACAACAAACUAAGGUCUCAUAUUCUGUGCGCAUGCCUAUGUUCAACAAUAGUCAGUUGGCCCUGGAAAAAAUGUGUAUAAAUCUGUUACGGGAGCAAAUUUGUGUGUGUGGGGGUGGGGGGGAGGCUUCCCAGUGCUCCAUUGUGUACAGGUGCCAAUGAUGCCAUAUAGGAAAAAAAGUAAUGUGGCAAAGUAAUUAAAGAGGAGAGAGAGCAUUAUGAUGACCCCAAAAAGAAACGGUGCUAAAUACAUAAACCUAUGUAAAAUGGCUACCAAUCAAGACAUAAAAUAGUUUAAUUAUUAAACAAUUUCACGAGGGAAACUUCAGCUAUAAAAUUUAAGUACCUAUGCAUUGAGGAGACUAGUUGGUAAGAUUUUUAAUACACUUAACGCCUCAUCUAAGUACCCAUAGAACAUAUAAAGGAUGAGCCAAUACGCCCAACUAGCGCCAGUGGCCACGUUUCCUUUUAUUCUGAGCGCGUUACUGUAGCGAGAAGGGAAGGGAUAAGGUCCCGAGCGCCGCCUUCUCCCGCAGCACCUCAGCCGCCUCCUCUCCCUCUCCACCCAGCCGCCCCUCCCUGACGGCCUCCACCUUCUCCCUCUCGCCAAGCGGCCGGCGCGCCCCCCUUCUUCUCCCCACCCGACGCUGGUGCCGGCCGCCCGAGCACCUCCCCGUCCGCCCGUGCCUCGAGCCGCCGCCGGUGCUCCUCCUGUCGCCCUCCCCGCUCACCUCCGGCGCAGCUCGUCGUAGUGGAGAGCUAUUAUUUGGCGGCGGCAAGGAGAAGGGCGCCGAGGAGGUGACGCCGGCCGGCGUCGUGCCUCCCUGCAUCGUCGCCUCCGACCUCACCAUGUAGUUAACCUCACCCAUCUCCCCUCCGUGCCUCCUUCCACUCCAUCCUCGGCCAUCCCCAUCCUCGGAUAUCAUGUGAGGAAAGAAGGUUUAGUAUGCAAUUAUGGUGUACACCAGAGAAACAUGUGUGUUUUUCCCUAUGAAGACAUCUACUUCUUGAGAUAAUUGAUGUUUCUAUACUAACCAUCAUCAAAUAAGGUGAGAGUACUUUAGGGUUGAGUAAAUGUUUCAGUUGGAUGUUGAAUUACCCCAUCAAGAGAAGCUGGACAAAGAAGAGUGCUGUGGUGUUGGCAAAGUCAAAUUUCACGGCGCCUGCUUCAAACCACACUGGCGCUGGCAAGGAGGUCAAGAAGGGAGCAACUUACAUCGGUUCCAAGGAUGCCGGCGACGCCUGCCAUGGCAAACCGGCAGUGGACGAGCUCGGCCUGGAUGUACCACUUCAAGUCCUCAGGCUGCUCCCCGAGCCCCAAGGGAUCAAACCCGUAAUCGCCAGGCAGCCUGCAUCCAGAAGCGUCAAGCAAUCCAUCAGCCUAACAACGAACCAUCGCCGCCUGCAGAGAACACCGGCAGAGGUUGCCACAGUUGACUGACGUGCCGUCGAGGUACGCCGGUAGGUCCAGCCCAGACAGCCAUGUCGCGCGCUCCGCGGUGGCUCGGACGGCGAACCGGGCUCGUGACGACUGGACAUUGUGUCCAGGCAUGGUGGUCGUGCUCCUGCUGAAAGGUGUGGGUGGCCUGGAGGAGAGGGUGCAGACUCUUCCAUGGGUGUUAGCUGCUAACGCCAUGGCCGCCGCCGUCGGAUUUGGCUGGUUGAUCCCUUGCUCGCCUGACCGCAGCUGGCGAGGGUCCUUCUUGGCUGCAGCUGUUUUGGUUGGGGCGUGUGGGUGGUGCGUCGGACGGAUCAAAAAGCCGUGGAUAUGGAACUAGAGGCGUUCGUACUUCGUAGCUCCAGUGGCUGUCAGAGUCUGCAGCUUGUGUUCUUUUUUUGCUUUCCUGAGGGGAUGCAGCUUGUGUGCUGGCCGGAGUGUAUUGAACGGUUAUAAUGCAGCUACCGAACUAGGUAUACCUA